CAAGCAGUUCAGGACCUUACCUUUUACCAACACUUUUUUUGAUACUUCUUCUUUGAUCAAUACAUUCGUGUUCUAUGUCAACUUAGUUAAAACCAUAGAGAAGACGAUCAAAACGUGAAUAAUAAAACAAACAUAAUGGGGAAUAAUGAGAUUCGAAUAUCUAAACCCAUAAUUAAGGAAGGUUCAAUUCAUUCAAUCACUGAUGGUCCGCCAAAUGAUACAUUUGCGACUUCGCCAAAGGACAGUAAUGUCAAAUCAACCAGUUCUAAAAAAUCAAAACAGUGGAAGUUGAAAGCUGACGAUAUAUAUUCAAAUUGGUCACUUACUUCAUCCUUUCUGAGUAUUGAGGAUAAAAAUAGCAUUGCUUCUGUUCACGGCUCAGAAAAACCUCAAAGGAGUACGAUUACCGACUCAAAAUUCCUUGAUGCCGUGGAUAUUCACCAGAAGUGUCCUAAUGAUCCUAAUUUGGUUGAUGAAUUGUUUUUAGAAGUCGUUACUACGUUAAAGAAAGAAAAUCAGGAAACCUAUUCCUCUUUCUUUUAUGACCCGAAGGUAACCCUGUCCAUGGAAAAUAAAUGGGCAUUUAUAACCAAUUACCUUGUUAAAAAAGAUAAAGUGCUCGCCAUUAAAUGUAACGAGUCUGAGACUGCGACCAAAUGUGCAGUCGCAUCUUACAUUGAAAAGCUUUUAGAAAAAAUGCCAAAAAGUAAGCAUGUAGAAUCCCUAGUGGUUGCUCUUCGCACUGAGUCUGUCACUUGGGUACGUACUUUUUUAAUGAUGGAUGGUCAGGAUCUUUUACUUAGGAUUCUGGAUGACUUUCACGAUCUACGAUCCUCUAGAAUUUUGGACGCCAACUUGGAGUUGGCUGUUCUAAAAUGUAUCCGUUGCUUAAUGAAUCAUGAAGAAGGAAUUUCUUUUUAUAUAGACAAAGGACACAUGAUACAACCCGUUCUGCAAUGUUUAUUAACGUCGAAGUUAUCCGUUCGGAAAACGUCCGCUGAAAUAUUAACCUUUCUUUGCUACUGGAAUAAUCCGGUUGGUAUUAAUAUUGUCUUACGAGGCAUUGAAUUGCUAUCAACGAGGAACAAAAAUCCUAUAAUUCUUUUACCGCUAUGGCUGCAUCAUUGGGAAAUUGCAAUCGAUAAUAGAGGAAAACUUGGAAGUCUCGUUGGCGCUGGAAAAGACGCUCGUGAAGAAGGUGUUCGGUAUAACCAGAUGGUUCUUGAGUAUUGCGUAUCUCAAAUGCUACUCAUCAAUGCCUUUUUGGAAAACUUCACUACGAGGGAGACGUUGUACCAAUUCAAUCAAACUAUUAAAGAUUCUCGGUUUCAACGUAUACUAAAAAAAAUGAGUACUUUAAGAAACCCGGACAUCGAGAAACAGGUACAGAAGUAUUACUAUGUUGUUGAAAACGCAUUUACUGAUUUCAAAAAUGUAUCAAAUGAGCGUGAUCUGGGCUCUUCUGUACUUAAAUUGUUUGACAAUGAUGACCUGAAUAGUCUUCUUAAACAAUUUCUAAAACACUUUUUUAAACUCGUCAAAACUAACAAAGCUCCUUCCCGAAUAAUUAAACUUCUGGACUGUUACGUUUUAAGUCUUCAACCAUUUCUUGAAAGCACUUUUGCUUCUCAAGUAGAUAAACUACAUGAGGAAAUGAGUACCGAUAGGCUUUCUUAUAACAAUGAUGCGACCGAUCGAAAUUUAAAAAAUACGCGGACCUCUAGGUGUGAAGCUUCAUCCCCGAAUGUUAUGGAUGCUCCUGCUCAUGGUGCAAUUUCUUCCGUCAUUGGAAAAAGUUUCCAGGAAAUGGAAAAAAGCUAUGAUAAUCUGAAAAAGGCUUAUGAAGCAGACCUAACUUCUAUAGCGAAUUCCUUGAUUACUGUCUUUCCUGAAAAGUUCUCGUUUCUUCAUGGCAAGGAGAGCAAAGUUGUUUCCAUAUUAAAAGAAAUGGCCAUGGAAGGAAAUGCUGAAAAAUUUAAGUCCACGUAUGAAGGUUUCAAUAAUACAUCUGAACCGUUACAAGAACAAGAAGCUCUCAAUUAUCCCUUGGAAACAGAUCGCCUAAAUAAGAAAGACCUUGGACUGAUCGACAACUUGGCAAAGCAAAAAAAGGAGCCCUCCAAUUAUUGCGGUAUCUUGAAUCCUAUUUUGCGGGCGACUUCCAAACAAACAAGGUCAUUUCAAAGCAACCGAUCUAGCAAAUGUAUGGGUUCAGGUAAAGGUAUAGACUUAACAAAAGCUAAUUCUAUCGCGUUCAAAGCUGAACCUGUAUCCGCCGUAUCUACGCAAUCUUUUGACGUUCAUAUGAACAUAAAUGAGGGUCGUAGUGGUAUGAGCGAUAAAAUGGAUGGUCUAAGUCCUAUAGUUUACUUUCGUCGAAGUCCAGACGGUAGUAAAUCGUCUGGAGAGUUCGAACAAAUAAUUGAAGAAGAAUUAAAAGAUGAAAAUGCACCUACGGCUUUAUCGAUCAAACCAGAACAGAACAUUGUCGAAUCAGUUCCUGCUCCACCUAUUCCUCCACCAGCACCUCCUUUACCACCUAUGCAGCAGGCCUCUCAAGUACAAAGCAGUAAUACUAGGAAUGCAACUAAUCAUCCUUUGAAAGUUCCUGAAGGGUUCAGCUAUAAAGAUAUCACUACUAACGAUAUUUUUAACGGUAUGGUCGAGACUAGUAGUCUGGCUGGAAAAGAAAUGCCAUAUUGGAAGCUGUAUUACUCCCCUUCCAAACGCCUUAAACAAUUGCACUGGAAAAAUUUGGAAGUACCAGUGGAGCGUACUUUAUGGAACAGACCUUUAGCUGAUCCAUUUGUUUUAAGUAUCAAGUUAGACUGCGAUGGCAUUCUGGGUAACCUUGAAAGUUGCUUCGCUAUGAGAGAAGUCAAAAAGUUUAAGAAAAAAAACUCUUCCACUGACGGUUUUAUGCCUCCUGAUUUGCAGCACUACUUUGGAAUUCGACUGCAUAGAUUCAUUUACUUAUCUCCAUUUGAAAUUGCUUCCAAAUUUUAUUAUUGCGAUUCCGACAUAAUGGAAUUGAUUGAUUUCUUUGUAGAUAGAAAGCUAUUCUGUCAAGAUUCGUUGAAAAAGAACCUUUCUAAUUUCCGUACUAGUUGGGAUAAUGGUGAACCCACGUAUCAUAUGAAUUUACAUGAACUUACAAAGUGGGAACAAGUAUAUGUGCUGACGAUUAUUGAUAUCGAGGGUUAUUAUGAAAAAAGAAUGAAGUCACUGAAAGUUAUGACUGUCCUUGAUCAGAGCCAUCGGGAUUUACAAAAGCAAAUAAGAAAAAUUCAUUGCACUCUACUCGAUAUCAAAACAAGUACAAACUUUAAAUACCUAUUGAACUUAAUAUUACUUCUAGGUAACUAUAUGAACGACGUUCCAAGACAAAAGCAAGGAUUCAAAAUCGACAGUUUGCAGCGAUUAAGCGUGAUUAAGAACGAAGAGAAUGGACUGACUUUACUUCAUACUUUUGAAAGUAUUGUUAGAAAGAGUUUUCCCGAAUUAGAAGAAUUCCUACGCGAUUUGACGAAUGUUCCGGAAGUUGUGAAAGUUAAUUUGGAGCAACUAGAGCAUGACUGUUUAAGCAUCGAACAGCUAGUUAACGAAGUUGAAGAAGAUUUUUCUGAGAAUGGGACAAUAUCUGAACAAACAGUUCUGCAUCCUAAUGAUCGUAUUCGUGAAGUAAUAGCACCCUGGAUACCUUCAGCGAAAGCUAUAACUGCAAAGUUAAAAUCAGAUCUUAUGUCUAUGAAGGAGGCUUUUGAGUGUACGCUAACCAUGUUUGGUGAAAACUCUGAUAGCCUAGCCUCAGGAAGCUACUUUUUUGAGAGUCUAAAUGAUUUUCUGAAAGAAUAUAAUAAAGUAAAACAGACGAACUUGAAAUUUGAAGAAGAAGAACGAAUUGCUCAUGUACGAUUAAAGGCUUUAGAAGCUACGGGUAAAAAGGAGUUGAUGCAAAGCACUUUACAAGAAACUACUAAGGAGGAAAGUGCUGUUAUGGAUAAUCUCUUGGAAAAGUUAAAGUCAGGAAAGUGCGAUGUAUCACGCCUUGUUGAUUAUGAGGAUGAGCUUUUGGCUUUAGAUUUUCCUCACACUCGAACUAAAGCAAACCAGGAAUCAAGUGGAUCAAUGGAUCCACAUAUGAAACGUCCAAAGACAGUUGUUUUGAAAGCGCAGAAUAUGCUAAAACAAUUAAAAUGAACUUAAUAUGUAUAAUGACUGAUAUGAAUGAAUGUUAAUGAUAAUGGAUGGUACGGCUCCAAAAAGAAUACAUAGACUUAUUUAGAUUAAUUUUAUAGAAACUUAUGGUACUGAUUAAGAUUUACAUUUGAUAUUUGUUAAAUAAGAAUUCCAUAUGAGAGAUCACUCUGAUACUUAAC